AUGAGCCGGAGCGGCGGAGGAGCCGGGCUGCCCCUCGCGGCGGGGGCGGCGGCGGCGGCGGCGGCGGCACUGAGCCCCUCGGGACGCUUCCGCAUGGCCCGAGAGGAGCCCGGGGGGGCGGCGGCGGUGGUGGCCGGGCAGCUCGGGGGCGGCCGGAACGACGGCCGGGAGCGGGCGCUCCCGCGCUCGGGGCCCCGGCGAGGGCGGCUGCCCCUCAGCCGCGCUAAACUGCACGGGCUGCGGCACAUGUGUCCGGGGCGCACGGCGGCCGGCGGUUCCUUCCAGCGUCGGGCGCUGUGGGUCCUGGCCUUCUGCACGUCGCUGGGCUUGCUGUUCUCCUGGUCCUCGAACCGCCUGCUCUACUGGCUCAGCUUCCCCUCGCACACGCGGGUGCAUCGCGAGUGGAGCCGCCAGCUGCCCUUCCCGGCCGUCACCCUGUGCAACAACAACCCGCUGCGCUUCCCGCGUCUCUCCAAGGGGGACCUUUACUACGCCGGCCACUGGCUCGGGCUGCUGCUGCCCAACCGCACCGCCCGUCCGCUAGUCAGCGAACUGCUCCGAGGGGACGAGUCGCGCCGCCAGUGGUUCCGCAAGCUGGCCGACUUCCGCCUCUUCCUGCCGCCGCGCCACUUCGAGGGGAUCAGCGCCGCCUUCAUGGACCGCCUGGGUCACCAGCUGGAGGACAUGCUCCUCUCCUGCAAAUACCGGGGCGAGCUCUGCGGGCCCCACAACUUCUCCUCUGUGUUUACAAAAUAUGGGAAAUGUUAUAUGUUUAACUCAGGAGAGGAUGGAAAACCUCUGCUCACGACAGUCAAGGGAGGAACAGGCAAUGGGCUGGAGAUCAUGCUGGACAUACAACAGGAUGAGUACCUACCCAUCUGGGGAGAAACAGAGGAAACAACUUUUGAAGCUGGAGUGAAAGUUCAGAUUCACAGUCAGUCUGAGCCACCCUUUGUCCAGGAGCUGGGCUUUGGUGUGGCACCAGGAUUCCAGACUUUUGUGGCCACACAGGAGCAGAGGCUCACAUACCUGCCCCCUCCUUGGGGAGAAUGCCGAUCUUCAGAGAUGGGACUCGAUUUUUUUCCUGUUUACAGUAUCACGGCUUGUAGGAUUGACUGUGAAACUCGUUACAUUGUGGAGAACUGUAACUGCCGGAUGGUUCACAUGCCAGGGGAUGCCCCUUUCUGUACCCCAGAGCAGCACAAGGAAUGUGCGGAGCCAGCCUUAGGUCUACUUGCUGAAAAGGACAGUAAUUACUGUCUCUGCAGGACGCCCUGUAACCUGACCCGCUAUAAUAAGGAGCUCUCCAUGGUGAAGAUUCCUAGCAAGACUUCAGCCAAGUAUCUUGAGAAGAAAUUUAACAAGUCAGAAAAGUAUAUCUCAGAGAACAUUCUCGUUCUGGAUAUAUUUUUUGAAGCACUCAAUUAUGAGACAAUUGAGCAGAAGAAAGCAUAUGAAGUCGCAGCCUUACUUGGGGACAUCGGUGGUCAGAUGGGAUUGUUUAUCGGUGCUAGUAUCCUUACAAUCCUAGAGCUCUUUGAUUACAUUUACGAGCUGAUAAAAGAGAAGUUGUUAGAUCUACUUGGGAAAGAGGAAGAGGAAGGGAGUCACGAUGAAAAUGUGAGUACCUGUGACACGAUGCCAAACCACUCCGAAACCAUCAGCCACACUGUGAAUGUGCCCCUGCAGACGACUCUGGGGACCCUGGAGGAGAUUGCCUGCUGACACCCCCUGCCCCGAGGACGGUCCCGUCCCCCACCCCGAUGAAACCAACCAGAACUUUGAGACCCUGAGACCCAGGAAAGUGGACGGCAAGCUCAGGGCUGAACCCAAUGAAAAGAGUCAAUCGCUAUGCAUUUAAAAAUAUAUCUAUAUAUACACCACACAUACACACAACAAAACAAAACAAAACAAAACAAAACAAUCUGCCAAAACCUAGCAAGAGCCACCUUUGACUUGAUUCCGUCCUCGUUCCCCAUGGGGUGUGACUCUCUUCUCCAGAAGAGAAUUCCAUAAUUCUGGAACUGUGCGUAAACAAAGCUGGCCAUUUCUCCUACUUUACUGCCAAAUGUAUAAAACACUUGCAUGCCUGCCCUUUUUACUGCGCCGUGUCCAUCUCUGUCUUUAUAAGCCACAUUCCUCUCUUUGCGGUUUCUGGUUUUCACUCCGAGGCCCGAGUGCUGGCGGGACGAGAUCACAGCCCUGACCUCUUUCCCCGAUGACAAAAACCACCUUUACUAACUCUGCUGGCCUGAAUGAGAAUAAAAACCAAGCCACCGAGUAUGAAUCUGACAGACCCUUGAGUGCAUUUUUGUCCUUGUGUAGUUUUCACUGGUUCUUCCAAGAAAGGGCCGGGCAUUGUGACGGCCACGCCCUCCUCCCUAAACCCCAGCUGGCCCCAUGGGGUCCUUAGCACCAAAGGGGACCAGCUCCCAACUGCCCAGGGAGCCUGGGACAGACUCAGUGACCUGGAAGAUCUAUUCAUGACUCCUCUGUUGUAUUUCUAUUGUCAUGUAGCUUGUAUACUCUGGUCCUUUUUCUUUGAAACGGGUGAGGAAAAGGU